UGUAAAACGUAAAUGGUAAUGUUCUGACUUCAAACUUGAUAAAUCCGCGUUGCACCACGGUGGAGAAGUUUAUAUCAUGACUUUAUUUUUAGAAAUUCGUAAAGUGCUUUUAUGAGUGAUGGCAUUAAGAAUUCAAUGAAAUCUAUCUACCAACUUUAAGCAAACUUAAAAGAGUAGGCCUAUGUCUAUAUGUAGACCAGUCUCUCUGUAAUGGCGCCAGUUUGGACAGCAGACGACUGAAUACGCUGGGAAGAGAAGACCACUUGUGGAAUAAUUGACUAUUUGUAGUGCUACAGCUUAUAUCCGGAAUGAGGCUUUUUUUUAUAUUUUAAAUUAUCUUUAUCUUGACAUUAAUAGUAACAGUUUUCUCAAAUAAUAACUUUGAAUUUUAAAGAUCGUCUAAGUCAGUUUCAUAGAGCGCUUAUUCGUUUGUCAUCUAGAUAUAUACGAUUCAGAAUCAUGAACUUUUUCUAGCAUAUAGAUACACAGAUUGUUAAUUGAGUUAGAAAACAGAACACCAUGGGCUCAAGUACAAUAUCUGGAUUACUGUUCUUGCUUUUGUGUGCUGUUAGCGUGGAUUCAAAGAGAAACAAAUGUGAAAUGUCCUGGUUUGGACCGGAAUGCCAGUAUCAAUGCCACUGUAAAGGUGUAUGUUCCAAUGAUGGACAAUGCGACCAAGGCUGUCAAAAAGGAUGGUUCGGACCUGAAUGUCAGUACGAGGAUAUUGCAAUCCUAGCUGGCCCCAAAGACAACAAUCUAACAGACGGUGAUGAUUCGACCUGCAUCAGUGACUCAAAAAGUCGAAGUUUUACCCUGACAUUUGAAGCAUCAUCGUUGUACCCGGUGACUUGGAUGAGAUUGACUGUCAAUGACAUGGGAAAUAGGGACAAGCUUCAAACUAUAGGAAUAGAAUUUAAACCACCAGCCAAAUGUACAAAUAAGAAAAUGACUACUUCUGAUCUAGUCUCUGUUGACGUGCAUUGUGACAAGUCUGUUCUUAUCAAUCAACUCAUUCUUACUGGAGAUGUAGUACCGUUCUUGUGUUCUGUGCACGUCACAGCAGGUAGAAAUGUUGCUAUCCGUCAGCCAACCAAUCAAUCCAGUGACUACUCUGACAGUAUGUGUGAUGAGACGUGCUCUUACUCCUCCAAUGCCGUUGAUGGAAGCACUAACACAGACUUGUAUUCACAGAGCUGCACACAUACCAAAGAAGAAAACAAACCAUAUUGGAAUUUGAAUUUCAGACGACCAUAUUUAAUUAGCAAAUACAAAAUUUAUAACAGAAAUGCUCACCAGCUUAGACUUCGAAAUUUCCACAUUACGAACUGGAACAGUCAGACACUAGUCUUUAACUAUACAAACCAAGGACGCGAGAUACGUUCAUCCUACACAGUCUUACAGCCAUCGAGUGUUUCCGAUAAGGCAGUGACCAACAUUGCGGUUCACCUUCUUCAAGAUGGAAAGGGUAUGAUCACGAUCUGUGAAUUUCAAGUCUUUGGGGAAACCGUUUGCAGUCAGGGAAGAUAUGGAAGAGAUUGUGAACUGACGUGUUCAUGUCGAAAUCAAAGCGAGGCUUGCCUAGUCAGCACUGGUGGGUGCGCAUCUGGAUGUAGGGAUGGAUAUAUUGGUGCAGGCUGUCAGACGGCGUGCACAUCAAAAUACUUUGGUAAAGGCUGUGCUCAGAAAUGUGAUGAGAAAUGCCUUGAUCAACUUUGCCAUUAUGUUAAUGGCCUUUGUCUGCGCUGUCUUCCUGGAAGAACUGGUCCUCUUUGUGAUCGAACCUGUCCAGUGUUUACUUUUGGUGACGCCUGCUCCCAAAACUGUAGUAAAAACUGUGCUGGUGCAGGUCAGUGUGACCCUUCAACAGGGGCAUGUGCAAGUGGAUGUAAGCCUGGAUACAUUGGGGAUCACUGCAUAGACAAGUGUGAUAAUAAUACAUACGGAAGCGACUGCUCCAUGAGUUGUAGCCCUCAUUGUAAACUUGAUGAGAAUAUGCCAGAUGAACUAUGCCAUCACUACAACGGUCACUGUGUCCAUGGGUGUCAGCCUGGGUAUGAUGGGUGGCAGUGCCAGGAAGAAUGUGCCCCCACAUAUUUUGGGGAAGACUGUAAAAAUAAAUGUAACCCAAACUGUUUGGACCAGUUUUGUGACCACAUAAGUGGACAAUGUCUGGUGUGUCCAGCUGGGAAAUCUGGAAUCUUUUGUGAAAAUGGAGAGUGCCAUGCUCCCUUUUACGGCAAUAAUUGUCGAGAUCAGUGUAGCACCAAUUGUGCACUUCAAGCUUGCAACAGUACAACAGGUAUAUGCCUGGACUGUCCACCUGGGAAAGUAGGUGAUAUGUGUCAGACAGAUUGUGAGCCUACAUAUUAUGGUCCAGACUGUUCACUAAGAUGCAAUAAGGGAUGUCUGAAUCAGCUGUGCAAUGGAACCACUGGCUUCUGUUUCAAAUGUCCUACUUAUGUGACUGGGGACCACUGUGAAUUGAAUGCAACAGACAUCCCUGACGAGGCUAAUGUUACUAACUGGCAGAAUUUGAGUGUACCAGAAAAACUGGCCAUGGAAGCUGAACAUUCUUCUAAGAGUUUGGUACCAAUAGUUUUAGGUGUUUUUGUUGGAGGCUUCCUGGCUGGUGCUGCUGUCAUUGUGUUCAUAAUUUUCUGGAGGUAUCAUCAUAUAGGUAGCAAAUAUUUGCUGUGUGUUGAUACAUCCAAGUCUAGUGACACUAGUGAUCGAGAUGUUUUUACAUUUGAAAAGACAAAUGAAGAAAGCUGAAAAGAAAUUUUUUUAAUGAACAUUCCUCUAAGAAAGACCCAAAUAAAUGUAUCACUAAUGCUCUGUUAUAUGAAUACUUUAAACUGUAUUGUGCAAUCAGUUAUAUAUAUAUUUUUGUAUGUAUAAUGUUCUUAUUAAUGCAUUUUAAUAAUAAACUAGUCGACCGGCGACGUAGCAUUUGCUGCUAUUUUGCAGGGUCAGCUUUAGGCCACUGAAACCUAUGCAACCGCAGUGGGCCCUGCAAUGUCAUAGGACCCACACUAAUUCUAGGUGUAUAAAUUAUUACAUUAAACCAUUUUAUAACUUAUAACAGAUUUCCUGUGGCCUCUUGUUGAUUUACCAGGAGCUCCUGGAAAUCUCCUGAAAUUGCAAAAUAUACAAAAAAGUUCUGGAAAUCUUCGGAAAUUAUUUUAAAAAUUUUGAAAACUCAUACAAAUCUCCUGAAAUAUAUAGACAAAAAUGGUCAUUUUAGGGUGUCAUUCAAUAUGGAAAAUGCGAAUUCUAUGCGCGAUAAAUAAAAAUGGCAUUAUGCAUUACCCGUAAUUGUGUAAUCAGGUGAAAGAAGCUUCUUGCGCCUCAAACUAUUGAAGAUAUACUUGAGGUCAACAAUUCUCGUAGAUAGAUUGAAACUUUCAAGGCUCGUAAAGUAGUUCUGUACGUAGUAAAAAAAUGAAUGAAAUGCAAAGACAAAUUUAUUUUCUAAUAAAACUUAAUUUUCACAUAUUAUCCGUAUCCCUACCCAAACUUGGCCCCGUAAAAUCUGUUUCACAUAGGGCCCCACAACGGUUGAGUCUGGCCCUGCUAUUUAGUGACGGGUGAAUACAGAGUAGAUUACUUGUUUUAUAUUCCCCCUCCCCCUUUUUUAUUUUCAGCGCUAAAAAUACAUGGGGUACAAAUAAAUAAAAGAGUGAUCUUUCCAUGACUUUUUGGUCACAACGGUUAAGUCCAGCCCUGCUAUUUUGUAAAUAAAACUUGUUCUUUCCCCCCUCCCCCUCUUUUUUUUUUGUAAGGUAACUCUAGUAGGUCUUUUAGAAUUAAGAGUGAUUUUCUUUUUACAAGAUGUCCAAACUCUUGAGCCAUGAAGAGAAUUAUAUAUUUAGAUUAUGUUUUUCGGUAUAGUCAACCAGUGGCAUGAAUAUAAUUGCCUUUUAUUGGUUUAAGAUAUUUAUUGAUUGGUAUUGUAAUGAAGUUAUAAUUUACAAUUAUAUAUUUAUGUGAGCAAUUUAAACUACUCUUUUAUAUUUUAAUUAUAGAUUGCACUACUUCACAAAUCCAAUUGCUGAAUUUUUUUUUAUAUUCUUCACAUUUUCUGUGUAUUUUUUAUUUUGAUUGUGCAUUGCUAUAGUUAUGCCCCUUUUCUUUUUCUUCCUUACUCUGCAGGUUCUCUCCCCCUCUAAUAUUAUAAUGAACACACUAAGAUUGUUUGUAAAAUGUUUUCCAUGUUUUGGAUGUUCCUCCAGAGUUGAAAAUAAUUUACUUCUUAGUCCAAAGCUCCUGCAGGAUGGCAGCGGGCAGAGUAUGAGCCCGGGACUACUGAGAAGUCUGAACGACAGUCCAGGGCACAUACCACAUGACCAGGCAGCCAUCCUUGGUCACAUAUGUUACUCUGUGCCCUUCACAGCAAGCAAUGGUCAAACGUUUAAGUUACAGCUUUGUUGCUGUGUUCAUUUUUGUUUAUUUUUACUCUUAUUAAACUUGUUGUUAUGUCCCUUA